AUGAUAGUAGUUGUGUAUGCUGAGAAGUUCGAAGAUAUGGCUGCUUAUUCUAGACAAGCCGCGUACGCACCAAAUGAGAGGUGGAAGAUUGAUCAGUUUCUUUUUGGUCUAAGGGGUGAAAUUUCUCAUAGUGUUUCUCAAAGGGAAUUCACUACUUAUUCUGAAUUGUUAAGGAAAUGUUAUGUGGCUAAGAACAAUUUGAAGAAAGUUCAAGAAGAAAGGGAUCAAUAUAGGAGUGGACAAAGAGACCAAGGGAGGCUAGGUAGCCAGUUUAGGCCUAGAUCUCAGGCUUUCAAAGGAAAACAGAUAUUUCAACCUUACUUGGACCAGUUCGUGGUGAUCUUUAUUGAUGACAUUCUUAUUUAUUCUCGUACUCCCCAAGAGCACGGAGGACACCUAAGGAUUGUUCUAUCUGUAUUGCAAGAGAAGCGACUUUUUGCCAAGUUAAGUAAGUGUGAAUUUUGGAAGAACGAAGUGAAUUUUCUUGGUCAUGUAAUAUCACAAGGAGGAGUGUCAGUGGAUCCAUCUAAAGUUGAAGCAGUUAUUAAUUGGGAAAUACCGAAGAAUGCUCCCGAAGUCAAAAGUUUCUUGGGUUUGGCAGGUUACUAUCGAAGGUUUAUAAAGGGGUUUUCCCAGAUAGAUUUACCAAUGACAAAACUUACCCGAAAGGAAAUUUCUUUUAAGUGGGAUUUGAAGUGUGAUCAUAGUUUCAUGAGUUUGAAGGAGAAGCUAACGACUGUUCUUGUUUUAGUCAUCCCCGCCCCUAGUAAGUCUUAUGAAGUAUUUUGUGAUGCCUCUAAGAAAGGAUUAGGAGGGGUGUUAAUGCAGAAUGGUCAGGUUGUAGCUUAUGUCUCUCGUCAGUUGAAGCCUCAUGAAGAGAACUAUCCGACUCAUGAUCUAGAACUAGCUGCUGUUGUUUUUGCAUUGAAGAGGAGAUGGAUGGAGUAUUUGAAGGAUUUUGAUUUUGAGCUUAAGUACCACCAGGGGAAAGCGAAUAAGUUAGACGCAGGAUGGUGUGAGAAUGGGAAAUUUGAAUGUUAUUUUAACCUAAGGGAAGAGAUCCGACAAGGACAAAUGAUAGAUGAGAAGUUACAAGAGAUGUCGACUCAACCAGGUCUCGCUCAGUCACCGAAUGGAGUUAUUGUGUUUAAUCAAAGGAUUUAUGUUCCGAAUGAUGCCGAGCUGAAAAGAAAAGUUUUGGAGGAAGCUCACAAAAGGGCGUUUACUAUACAUCCAGGUUCAUCAAAGAUGUAUCAAGACUUGAAGAAGGACUAUUGGUGGCCUGGAAUGAAGAGGGAUAUUGCAGAGUUGCAUGGUGUUCCAACUAGCAUUGUUUCCGAUAGAGACCCAAAGUUUACUUCAAGAUUUUGGAAGGCAUUCCAGCAAGCUAUGAGAUCGAGAUUAUGUUUGAGUACUUCUAAUCAUCCUCAAACGGAUGGUCAGACUGAACGGACGAUACAGACACUGACAGAUAUGUUAAGAGCUUGUAUACUUGAUAGUGGAGGGAAUUGGAAAGAGCUUUUACCACUGAUUGAAUUCGCAUAUAACAAUAGUUAUCAUGCAAGUAUUGCGAUGGCUCCUUAUGAAGCCUUGUAUGGACGAAAAUGUAGGACACCUCUAUGUUGGACGAAAGUUGGAGAAGAAAGGAUCUUAGGACCUGAGAUUAUUCAACAGACUACCGAAAAGAUAAGGAUGGUCCGUGAUAAGAUGAAUAAACCGCAAGAUCGCCAAAAGAGCUAUGUGGAUCACAACAGAAGACCAUUGGAAUUUGAUGAAGGUGAUCAUGUAUUUUUGAAGGUGACUCCAAGGUUGAGACUGAAAGGACCGUUUAAGUCACGGAAGCUAAGUCCGAUAUACAUAGGGCCAUACCAGAUUAUAGAGAGGAUUGGAGAAGUAGCCUACAAAUUAGUUUUUCACGUAUCUAAAUUUCGGAAGUUCAUUCCAAAUUCUCUUCAGCCUAUUCUUCCAGAUUCAAUAGAAGUAGAAGCAGAUCUGACUUUCGAACCUCUACCAAGUCGCAUUGCAGGACGAGAAGUUUAG